AUGUCGGCCGCCCCGAAACUCGGCGAAGUGACGCCGACUUCGCAGGACUUCCCUCUGUAUCUCGACCUGGGUAGUGGACUCACUGCCAAGCUCGACGAACACGACUACGCCGUCCUCAUAGACCAUAGGCUAGAGUUCAACGCCCGUUGCUUGGGAUUCGGCCUCAAGUACGCAUGGAUUCGCGCGGCGCCGGCCAACAUGCGAUUGUGGUCGAUAGGACUCGGCCGGCUUCGGGCGGCGAUGGGCAAGGAAGACCACUCAUGCUUUGCAACGGUGUUCGACGCCGACGUAGCUGUUAUCCCUCUGCAUUCGAGGUUUUUCCGGGCGGCGGUGCUGGCCGAGCUCGGCCGCGAUGGCCGGCACUGGGAGUGGCCGAAGCCUUCUGCUGAAGAGGUGGCGGCCAGGCUCGCCGACUUCGAUGAACCCGUUCGAGAUAAAAUGCGCGACACCGUCCGGGACAGCGACGCAGGCUCUGGCCUCCUAUCAAUGAGCGCGCUGUGCUGGGUGGUGAAGAGGAUGGAUCGCCUGACCGGCGACGACCAUCGCAGUGCGACCAGCAUGGACAAGGUCCUCGUUUCGGGAUUGAAGGAGCUGCGGUUUCGGAUGAUGACAUACAUCAAGGAACACGUCGCACGCAGACGGUCAGGCCAUGUCGGAGUUGGUGCCGAUGCCUGUGACGACGACGCCGCGGAGCCCCCUUCGGCAUCCCAAGCAGUCGGUGUCGCCGACACCAGCGGAGAGGCCGGAGACGGCGUCGACAAGGCAGAUGAGGAGGCAGAAAGGGCUGUGGCGAGGACCGCGGAUCAGGAAAAGGAGGAGGAGGAGGAUGACACCGACGAUCAGGAUGAUAACAAGGAGGAUCGUGAGAAGCGUGAGCAGGGGCAUGGGCAGGAGGAGGAGGAGGAGGAGGAGGAGGAGGAGGAGGAGGAGGAGGAGGAGGAGGAGGAGGAGGAGGAGGAUGAGGAGGAGGAGGAGGAGGACAAGGAGGCGGCGGCGGCGGAGGCCGUGGAGCAGGGUUUCGGGUCGGUGGAGCAGGUGGCGGAGGGGGAGAAGCAGCAAGAGGGGGAGGAGGAGGUAGAGUUCCCCUGGGUCGAAUUCGAGAUGGAGGAUGUUGAGGGAGCGGCGGCGGUGGCCGUGGAGGGAGCGGCGGCGGCCGUGGAGGGAACGGGUGGGAUGUCGGCGGAUGUUGUGUACGUGCGAGGGGAGGGUGCCGAUGUGGAGAAUGUCGGCGUGGAGGAGGCGCACGUGGUCGGCAAUGUGGUUGGCGAUGCGAAGGAGGAGGAUAACGUCGCGGCUUCGACGCCGACGGGCGUGGAGACCACCACAGGGAACGCAUGGGUGGAACGCCAGGGUGGAGCGGUAGAGGCGGGCCGUCAACCGGGUUCCUCAGCAGCUGGUCGGCAGGCAACGCCGGCCGUCGUCGCGCAGCUGCGACAGGAGAACAUGUGGCUGAGGGCAGAAAAUGCUCGUCUCGAGACGGCGCUCGGAGUGGAGAGGGGUCGGGUGGACAGGUUCGCGAUGGGGAUUGGCCACCUCGUGGACAAGCUCAGGUCGUUGGCCGACCAGGUCACUGCCUCCGACCAGGACGCGUCGAGUCGGCUGAUGGACGCGUCCUUGACCAUGGCGACGACCGUGACGGAGAACAUCACCGCCAACAUGGGUGAAGCAUGGGAUGCGAUGAAGGCGUACGCCGAGAGGGCGGAGAGCUGGUUGGACGAUCUAGAGAAUCCGGAGGGGUUUAUGGCGGUGCAACGUGCCAACGCGGUCGUCGCCAUGGGCAACCACGUGGACGAAGCAAGGAAGGGAUUGGAGGAAUACAUAUCAAAGCACCUAGUCGCCGCGCAGACCAACAUCGCCGCCGCGGUAACUCAACGCGUCGCCGUCCCGCCGCCCACGCAGCCCGCCCCACCGCCAGCCUUCCCGGACGAGCUCAUGAAGUCUUUCAAGGCGGACGUGUUGAAGGCGGUGACUGAGGCCACCUAG